GUUUGGAACGCAGCCCUGUGCCUACGAUUAUGGCGUCGGUCGGUCAAUCAUAUCAUUUGUCAAAUAAAUUUGGGCAACAUUGAAUUUAUUUGCAUGAAAUUAAUGUUACGUUAUUCAAGUGUUCGAUUAAUUUUGAUCAACUGUGAAUAAUAUGGGACGCUCUAGAUCACGAAGCAAAUCUCCUAGACGGCAUCACAAAAGCAGUAAACAUUCCCGAAAGAAGAGCCGAUCCAAGGAUCGCUCUUCGUCGCGAAGCAGAAUUUCGAAACACAUUGAAAAAUCCAGGGAACGCAGUUCCAAAUCCCGAAAAAGAUCUCAUUCGGUUUCAUCGUCUAGUAGUAGUGGUGGCUCAUAUGAUGGCAGCAGAAGCCACAGAAAGAAAUCAAAAGGACGUAAUAAGAUGGAUGAAGUUGACCGCUUAGCUGAAAUGGAAAGACAAAGACGUGUAAGAGAAGCAGAACAAAAGGUGGUUGAAGAAGAAGCAGCCAAAAGAAUAGAGUUGCUUGUCAAGAAGCGUGUUGAAGAAGAAUUAGAAAAACGAAAAGAUGAAAUUGAACAAGAAGUUGCAAAGCGUGUUGAAGAAGCUAAGCGAAAAAUGGAAAAAGAGAUGAUGGAGGAAUUGGAGAAACAACGAGAACAACAGAGGAAGAAGGAGCUGGCUCGUCAGGUAACUGACCUCUUCACCUAUCAGUCAUGUGCAAAGGCAAUACUAUAUAUCAAUUGCUCUUACACAUGACAAGACAUUUUCCAUGCAAAAACAAUGUGAUUUGUUCUUGCAUCUUCUAAACACACUUAAGUGUAUAUAAUCAAUGUUUAAUAUCAACAUAACAUGUCAGAGAAACUAAUAAAAGUAUAUUUCGAUGAUAUCUGUUAAAGGUCCAGUCAGGUGUAGUACGAGUGUUUACAAGAAUUUGUUUCUUAAAUUCAAUUGUCACUCACUGAGGUUGAAACCUCAUUUUAAUUUGGCACCUUCCAAUUACUACUACUACAUUGAUGCAUGUUUUUUACGCUACUGGAGGUUGUCAUACUUAUUUCAAACGUAUGUCCAAAUGCCGUGAAGGCUACCGGCUAGCAUUUUAAAAUUGUUCGCUUGACUGUCCUUGGCAGUCACGUAGUCUAUAAGUCAGGUCAGAAGACUGCUCAAGAGCCAGAAGCUGUAAGAAUUUAAUGGAGAUGCUGCUUGAGGAUCCUGACGUGAAUGCAGAAGGUAUUUUUUGAAUCUAUUUUUUGUAUAACAUUUUCUGUUGACACUUUUUAAACAAAUGGAGGCUCAAUACAAUGAUUAUGAUGUUUGUUAUUCCAAAAGUAGCCAUUAAACUGAUAGGAAUGCAAACACCUUCAAUAUUGAUAUACAAAUACAUACUAGUUGAUUUUAUGCUAUUCAUAUUAUAUUUGACCUUCUUAUGGAAACAGUUAAUAGGCAUACUGGUAUUAACACACUAUUCUAAUUGGAACAAUAAUUAAAAAAAAGUUUUUACAUGAAUAAAUAAAAUAAGUUUUAAUUGUGACUUGUUUAUUUUUGUGGUUGUAUGUAAUUCUUAAUAGGGACAGAAAUUAACAUGUCUGUUUUAUUAUACAGGAGGAAGAAGAUCGUAAAAGGAAAGAACUGGAAGAUAUCAUGGCAGAAAAUAAUAGAAAAAUUGAAGAAGCACAUCGAAAGCUGGCUGAGGAACGUUUAGCAAUGAUUGAGGAGCAGAGAAAAAUGGAUGAAGAGAGACAGAAAUUGAAAAAAGAACAGGAAAAAAGAGUAAAAGAAGAACAAAAGAAAAUCUUAGGCAAAAACAAUUCACGGCCAAAACUUUCAUUUUCAUUGAAACCACUAUCAUGAGUAUUUAUGAAGCAGUACAAUGAUGGCAAUAAGAACUUUAUAUACCAGAUGUGUAAUUUCUUUCUAUUUAAAUUUAGGUACUUUACAGUUUGAUGUACAUCUGUUUGGUUGAUGCUCUUAAAUGACAUUUGUUACACUUAGCAUGGGAUAUAACAACAUGAUUAUGCAAAUGAAAGUCAUGGUGAAUCAAUAGGAAAAUAAUAUUACUAUUAAAAAUUAUACUGCAUUGAAUGAAAUCACUUAAUGUAUAAUUCAUAAUAAU